AUGGAGACCGGGCCCGCUCCCCCAGCGCCGGAUUACGGAGCCCGAGAGACGAAGCAAGAGCGAGAGGAAGAAAGAGAGGCAGAAAGGGCGUGUUUCUGCGCCGCGUUUCCCCUCCCCUUUCUCAGGUCCCUCGCUCCGGCUCAGCGCUCUCUGGCUGCAGCUCCCUCCGGCGCAGCUGGGAAUCCGGUGGGAUUCCGGGCUCGGAGAGGGCGCGGGCUCCCUGCAGUCAGCUGCGCCGGGCGCCCCCGGCCUCGCUGCGCUCUGAGCCUCGCUCUCCCCGACGUCCGGCCGGGAGCAGCGGGCAGCAUCGCGAGCCUCCCGCCCAAGGCGCCGCGCCCCGC